AUGGCAGACGACGGAGCAUAUACGGCAGACGACCCUUCGCUGACCGUGGGGCCGAAAAUUGUCUGUAUCACUGAGCUCUGUGACCAACAACCGUCGGCGACGACAUCCACAUUGCAGGUGGAGGCCGAUCAGAGGACGUUAGAUUUAGCACCACUACUAUCCCUGUGUCCAAAUGACGAACUGUUGGAAGCUCCUGUUGGAAUCUUGCAGGAGUGCGAUUAUCCAUCGACAGACAACGUAUAUAUGGUGGACGACAAUAAAUACACGACGAAAGAUGACGCGGUAGACGACCCUACACUGACCGUGAGGCCCAAAAUUGUAUGUGCUAUCAGUGAGCUCCGUGAUCAACAACCGACGACGACGACAUUGACUUCGAGCAAAAGUGAUGGCGACGGGUUGGAGCCAGCGACAACUACGAUCCAAGUAAAGUCAGCGGUGACUGAACAGCUUGAUUCUUACGUGGCACCGGUUAGAAUCCAGCUGUUAGAUGCACUGGCUGAUGUUAAAGAUUUUGUUCCGGACGAGGCAACCGAAAGCACGACCAUAGUUCCUACAGUCGUGGCCAAAAGUGAUGACGACGGGUUGGAGCCAGCGAUGACUACGAUCCAAGUAAAGUCAGCGGUGACUGAACAGCUUGAUUCUUACGUGGCACCGGUUAGAAUCCAGCUGUUAGAUGCACUGGCUGAUGUUAAAGAUUUUGUUCCGGACGAGGCAACCGAAAGCACGACCAUAGUUCCUACAGUCGUGGCCAAAAGUGAUGGCGACGGGUUGGAGCCAGCGAUGACUACGAUCCAAGUAAAGUCAGCGGUGACUGAACAGCUUGAUUCUUACGUGGCACCGGUUAGAAUCCAGCUGUUAGAUGCACUGGCUGAUGUUAACGAUUUUGUUCCGGACGAGGCAACCGAAAGCACGACCAUAGUUCCUAUAGCCGUGGCCAAAAGUGAUGGCGAUGGGUUGGAGCCAGCGACGACUGCGGUCCAAGCAAAGUCAGCAGCAGCAGAAAAACCCCGGCAAGGUCGUCGUAGAUCGUUCUUAUCGGCAGUGGGGAGGCGGCUCCUCAAGUUCGGGAGGACGUUAUGCUGCUGUUGCUGUUGCAAAUAGUGUGGUAGGUACACCGAUACCGCCAUAUGGUGCGCUCGAUUGCAUCUGUGAGAUGACAACGAGUUGAGAAGACAAGAGGGAUGCAAAAAGAGAUGUUGACUGGUGUCAUCAAUCCAAAAUUUAAGUUUAUAAUUUAUUAAAAUUCAUUUUGUUUAAUUUUCGUUUUGUUGAAAAACUUUAAUAUUAUAAUGAUUGUUAAUUUGCUCAUAUUAUCAAAUAAACAAUGAAGCAUAACAUAUGUAAAUAUUAAUUAUACAUGUAAAUUUUUACUUCGAAUACCGUCAAAUUUUUUUCUGAUUGUUAUAAAAAAUAAAAAUGUGAGAAAUAAAAAAAAAUGUACAUAAUCAUAAGUAAUAACAAUAAAACAAAUAAUAUAAUUUAAUGUGUACAUUCGUCUUGAACACUAAUUACUUUAUAUUUUUAUGAUUAUUAUAUUUAUAAGUCGUAUUUUAUUGUUGAAUAAGG